CAGGGACGGCCACAAUUUGUAACCGCGGGCGAGCAAAGCAAGUGAGCUUUAAGAGAUGUACUUUGAUGUACGUUCCAUCGCGGUCACUUCGAAACGCUCCUCGACUCUGAAUGCUUCAAGGCUUGCAAGGCGAGACCUCUUUUUUUUUCUCGGGGCUUAAACACCAAGGAUCAUGGAACAGUUGCUGAAGUAUGCCGUUGUCGUAUUCUGCACGACAGGACCGUGGGCCGGUGUCGGCAUCAGUGGGGCCAAAGCUAAAAAUUGUUGCUGCGGAGACAAUGGAUACUACUCACAAUGUGACCUUGUGGCCUUGCCUCGGGGAUUGCCAGCAACCGUCACCGUCCUAGACUUGUCGCACAAUCGGAUCGGUGCGAUUCGACUCGGAGAUUUCUCCAGCACUCCCAAGCUCGAGGUUCUCAUCCUGGCUUUCAACCGAAUUCGCACGAUUGAAGCCGGUGCGCUGAGAGAUGUCCCCCUGCUCCGCUACCUAGACCUGUACCAGAACGAGCUGCCUGCAGUACCUGAGUGGGCUCUGAUUGAUCUUCCUAACCUACAGACCCUCAACAUCUCCAUGAACAACUACACCUCCUUUGCCCUCGGCGAAGUCUUCUCCAGAAUGAGUCGGCUGCAGUCACUUACCGUGGGCACACCCCACACGUCAGCGUUGCACGCUUCAGAUUUACAAGCGCUGUCAAGUAUUCCCCUGAAGCGUUUGUGGCUGAACACCGGGUCCCCGCUGACCUCCUACGAGCAGGGAGCUCUCGCCAACCUGACGCUGCUCGAGAAGCUUUUGACGAACGUUUCAAUUGACGCCGAUCCGUCCAUUUUAUCGAAAAUGUUGCUCGACCUAGGGAGGACCCGAAUUUCGGAAAUUACAAUAAUGAACAUAUUGAUCAACCAAGUACAUAACCAGAGCAUCGAUUUAUUCAGUGGCCUCGUGUAUUGUCCAUUGUUGAAGAAUGUCACGCUGAUCAGUGCGAAUUUUACCAAUUUAGAUAUAGUAAGCUUAUUACUAAAUAUCUACUUGUCUGAAGUGACAUCAGUUACGCUGACAAAUUCAUCGUACACCGACUUUGACAAUGUGGUUUUGCCGCAGUUGCCCAUUGAAAGGAAAGCGGCUCUGGAAACCGUCAUCAUCGAUGGGAUUUUCCACGUACCCAUGACGUAUCCCCUAUUUUACAUACCGUUUUCGCUUUUCCCCAACUUUUCUAAAUUUAAGGUAUCCAACACAGGUUUAAACAAAGUCGAUUGCUUGUUAAUGACGUUCCCCGGUAAAAUUUUAGACUUCUCUAACAAUCUUCUUGUGGAAGAUGGAAUGUGGCUGCCUCAAUGCCCCCAGAAAGAGAAUUUAAUAAAUACGACUCAUUUAAUCAUCAGCCACAACCGAUUCUCUGACCUCAACACAAUAGCUCAAAAGGUCGUGGACAUGCCCAAUAUCAAGUCCUUAGACCUCAGUUACAACAGCAUCAAUUACAUCCAGGGGUGCUCCGUCUGGCCAGCAACACUCGAGACACUGAUCCUCCGCAACAACGACAUCAGCAGGGAUUCCAAAAUCUGCAUUUCAGAAUAUUUACAAGUGCUGGAUCUCUCCUACACCAGACUCGAAACGUUCUCUCAGAACAUCCUCAACGACGGAAAAUCCCUGAGGGAGCUCUACCUCAGUGGCAAUAACAUCAAGUACAUUGCACCCGAGUUGUAUUCCCUGUCGCUGCAGGUUCUGUAUAUUGACAACAAUGGCGUGGGAAUCAUCAGUGAAAACACCUUCAGUGGCUUUGGAAACAUCAAAACCCUCGACCUGAGAAACAAUCCUUAUUACUGCUUCUGUGAUCUCUACUGGUUCCAGCAGACAUUUGAAAAACAACUUCUGAAGAACUGGCCGAACGAGUACGUGUGCAGCUACCCCAACGAGCUGUCAAACAGAACUCUGUCCGACUUAAAGCUGAGCAUCAUAACCUGUGACAAGAGGAUCAUCAUCUCCAUGAGCGUUGGAAUCACAGCCUUCAUCAUAAUCCUCGCACUGGGUCUCGGGUAUUACUUUGAUGCCAUUUGGUACAUACGCAUGGGCACGGUGUGGAUUUCGGCCAAGAGGCGCAAAAUGCGACAGGGCGUGGGGGGACCGUUCCAGUACCACGCGUUCAUCUCCUACAGCCAGCUGGACUCGGAUUGGGUGGAGAACACCCUGGUGCCCACCUUAGAGAGCUCCAACCCCGACCUCAAGCUGUGCAUCCACGAGCGAGACUUCACGCCCGGAGAGUGGAUCGUGGACAAUAUCAUCCAGUGCAUCGAGCAUUCCAACAAGACCCUGUUCAUCCUCUCGCGGAACUUUGUCAACAGCGAGUGGUGCCACUACGAGUUGUACUUUGCGCAGCACCGGGUCCUGGAGCAGCGCCAGGACUCGCUGGUGCUGCUGCUGCUCGAGCCGUUGCCCAGGAAUUCCGUGCCCAGCAAGUUCUGCCGGCUUCGGAAGCUGCUCAACAGGAAGACUUACCUGGAGUGGCCGGCCGAGGAGGGCAAGAGGUCAAUGUUCUGGGCCAGCCUCCGGGCUGUUCUGCAGUCGGACCAUGAACCCAGCAAUCCGGACUCCAACCAUAAGUCUAUCUCAAACAGUAACUCUAACACAAUCCAUAACCCUUAUGUUUAAAAAAUGAUAUCACCUCCAAUGUGGAUUUAUUUGUUACAAUUUGAGCUUUAACAAUGUAUAUAAAAUACAGUAUGUGUCCAUGUCCUUUUAUACUAAAGACGUUAGGAUUUAUGGAUGGCAUCUAAACGCAACCACAUUUCACGAUGCUGUACAGAAAGAGUGAGCAAAAUGUGUACAUUGGGGCAGGCAGUCAUAGGCAGAACAGAGCAAGCCUUGAAAUCUUUACCUUUAAAUAUGUUACGUCAAACUUUAACCGUACGAUCCAAAUUCUUCAUUUAAUUAAAGGAGAAAAAUAUGUUUGGUUAUAUUUAUGACAUGCGUUCAUAUGAUAUUUUGUUAUUUAAACUAUAAAUACGAUAGAAGUGUUACUCCACACUAUUCCAUCAUUGACAUGGAACGAUUUGCACGCUAUCUGGCAAAUACAAUUCCGUACGGUAAACGGUCUUGUGUAGAAACAGCCGAUUUGAUCAAAUCACCGAGGAAGUGCUCGGGAUGUCUAGUAUCGUGCCUACAUACUUGUUUGAUGGUGCUGCUGCUGCUGCUGCUGCUGAUUCUGCGUUGGUAUAGGUGUGCAACUAGCACAUUAAACUCCCUCGUCGACAGCCCUGCCUUCAAAUAAAAUACAACAAAUUUAAAGACGAUGGCUUGGGAAAUGUCCCCAUCCCAUUGCUAUACAAAUAUACAACUUGAAGCUGGUUGUAAUUACCAGCGAAACGUCACCACACUCAAAUUGUAAUGCUGUGGAUGUACACACCGGUGUGCUGAAGUAACGAUUUAGUACGUUUAGUUCACGUGACAAACUUUACUGAUUGGCUGUGUCGGAUGGUGGAGGGUUUAACGACACAUUUAUAUUUUCGCGAUCUAACCCAAAAAAAACUUUAUCAAGGGAAAAAUAUAAACAUUUCUUCUUUUUUUGAAGCGAGUGUUGUUCAAUCAUGUAUUGCGUUUUUGUUGUAGAUUGCUUAGAUGGGUGACCGUCACGCACAAACGGGUUGUUAUAAUUAUUCUGUGUGGCUACCUACGUGACUUUACCGAAAAAACCUAAGAAUAUGAAUCAUUGCAGUCACGAAAGCUUCAAAUCUAGAAUCUGUAUGGCUAUAUGGCGAGUGGCAGAGGACAAAAAUGAAACAAAAUGAAUUAUUGUACUCUACUUCUAUGCUCCAGUGUCGAUGCUGUCUGUAAUGACCAACCUGCACUGACCGGCCUCGUGAAGAAGUGCAAAUAAGCCCCCCAUGACCCAUGUGGUGUGAGGUUCUCAUCCAGAAGUAGAAUGCCAAAAGGGCUGUACGUGUUUGUACAUCUGCCCAGCACUCCGAGUGAAGUUAGGCCUUGAUGUAGAACCAUUAAAACGAGGCAUUUUACAGUUGUGAAACCGUGGGUGUUUUUGCGCAUUUUUUUGUUACGUAUGCAUUGUGUAAUCAAGUUGUUAAACAUAAAUGUUUGAAUUUUCUGUAUGAUUCAUUGUACUAAUACAACCGUACGUUUUUUGUGUUUGGUAGUACGGUAAUUCUGUUGCCUUUGUGUUUUUACUUGCCAACAGUGCUCUUUGCUGUUACAGUGGAAAAUAAAAAUGACAAACUCAA